CUAAGAACGCUUGUCUGGGAGUCAGGCACACUGAAUAAAACUGGAACGCCUUCUGGUAUUCCAUUUGGUGGAACUGCUCUUCCGCAGCUUUUUGUGGUCGUCAUGGACCAAUAUGAAGAUGUGUCAGACUGCGAAGUGGAUCACUCCUUCUUCGACAGUGAUUUUGAGGGAGAGGUUAAGAAAGAUGGAACCACAACAGAAGCAGCCAAGACAGAAAACAGUCAGCACACACAAGCAGACAGUGCAAGUUUAAGUAACCCUGACGUAAAGAUGGAAACCAAAGUGUUGGAGGGAGUCUGUACUGGUGAAGAAAGGCAUGAGAGGGAGACAGAAGCACAGGCAGAGUGUACCUUAGACACUGGUGCCGAUGAGAACGCUUUGCCCUUAUUAGCGUCCCUCAAUGCAGAAAGUGCAAGUACAUCUGGUAGGACUUCAGCACAAGGUCAAAUAAUGCAUGAAGAAAGCAUUCCAAUUCAAAUUCCCAAAAUAGUUAAACAACAUGAAGAAAAUUACUAUACAGAUGAAGAAGACAGUAGUGAUGACAGCAGAAACCAUAAAGUUAGACUUAAGUUGUCUAAGCAGUCUAGUAGCUCCAAGACAGUCAAGAAAAUCACAGUCAGUACUUCCUCUUCUUCCUCUUCCCCUUCCUGUAGCUCUGAUACGGAUUGUUCUGACACGGAUUCUGAUGGUUGCUUGUCAGAUUCCUCUUGCUCUUCUUCAAAAAAGAAGAGUGCAGGUAGCUUUGCACUUCUUUCUCCAAGACAAAAAUCUAGGCCUGGAAUAAAGGCAGUGGAAGUAAAACCAAAGUUGGGUGACUGUGCAGAAGAGUCCGAAGAUACAGUGACUGAUGUAACUCCCCUGUCGACACCAGACAUCAGUCCUAUCCAGUCUUUUGAACUCGCAGCAUCCAAUGAUAAGAAACUAAAGGUAAAAAGACAAGAAAACGUGAGCCAGGAUUUAUACGACCCUGAGAAGGAUCAGAGAUGUCAUCAAAAGGUCUUGCAUGAUGCUGUGGACCUGAAUCAUCUCUUAAAAGCUUUUCUGCAGCUGGAAAAAAAGGAACAACAGAAGCUGGUCUUGGAUCAGCCUUCUAUAGGAUCGAGAAAAAACUACUCUUUCACAAAUGAGGAAGUACGGGAAAUCGAUCAGGAAAACCAAAGGCUCUUAAAAGAAUUAGCAAAACAUUCUGGAAAGCCCAGGAGCAAAAGUGCCUCUCUGAAGAAACCUUCAGGCCCAGCACCUAAGCUGUACCACAGUGCCAUCAACAGGCAAAAGGAACAGCAAAGGAUUGACAGAGAGAAUCUGGCUUUUUUGAAGAGACUUGAAGCAGUGAAGCCAACGGUUGGGAUGAAGCGCUCAGAGCAGCUGAUGGACUACCAGCGCCAGAUGAGCUAUCUGAAUGCUGCCCCUUCAGCCCCAAGGCGAGGGAAAUCUGCUUUAAGCCACCACAGCCCUUCUAGAGGUGCCUCACGUGCAUCCAGUCACAGCGCAUCCAGUACGGCAAGCCGAAGGAGUGAAAGACCAGUGUUUGACUCCUCCAGGGGAGGCCUGCAGCGACUGAACUCUGCUAACGUUCAAGCUCAAGCGGCAUGGCUAUAAAUUACUGGCACUCCAUCGCUAGAUCUCUCAUUCCAGUGUUUCUGCAAAUUGCUGUAAUUCUUGCAAGAG